UUUGACGUAUGUCAAGCGAUCACGCUUAAUUUUGGGAUAGGAAAGCGUGAAAAUUGAGUAAAAUUAAAUUAAUUAAUUAAUUAAUACUUUUUAAAUAUAAUGGCUACCUACGAUAAUAAAGCCUGGUUGUUGAAAAAUGUACGUGACGCUUUUAUUGCAACCGAUGACACGGGGCUAUGCGAAAUUGUUAUGGCAGGUGAUGAUUUCUCUAAAAUAUUUCAAAAUAAAGCUAUAGAAGAGAGGAAACGUGAACGGGAUAAACUGUUUUAUGAACCGAGUACGAGUAAAGGAAAGGAGUUGGGGACAGAUGACGAUGAAGAUAGGGAAGUUGUGACCCGGUUCGACCCAUAUCCUGAUAUGGAAGACAGCGACGAGGACGAACCAUGUCCGAGCUACCCACGAUUUACCGACGAAAUGGCUCACAGACAAAGAUCAAACACAACACAGUGGCUGGAUAAAAAAGAAUUAGCUUUAAAAAAGGCAGCUAAAAUAAAAGUGAUAAAGUGGGAAGAUCCACCAGCACAACUAAAUCCAGAACAAAUGGCUGAAGUAUUCGCAAAGAUUGAAGUAAAAAAACCAGAAAAGAAGAAAUCUUUGUUGACAGAGCAGCUGGAAAACUGUCCAAACCUUCCCCAUCGUCAAUAUCUGGAGUAUGCAAAGUUUGAUGGCACAGCACAGUUAGGACUACCCGUGAAGUCAUUUAAGAUAUUUAUGACGAUACUUCCUGAGAAACAUCAGAACUAUCCCUUAAUUGUUUGUGUCAUUGCUAAUGCUAAGAUUAAAGAUCUGAUUGGUUUCACUUGCUAUAAAUACAGCAUAGACCAUCCAGAAGUAACUCUUGGCUCUGUGCAUGACUAUGGGCUUUGCAUAGCAGAGGAUGAUGGAGAAGUUGACUGGGCAUUUCCUUGCCUGGACAACAAUGAACCUUGCUCAAAAUUUGGCUUUACCUGUCUCGGACUCAUAGACGUCAAACGUAAAGAAAAUAUAGUACAUUGUUCUUAUGAUCUAAACUCAGCAUUCCAAUGUUUCCCGAAAGCCUCAGUAUCUGGACAAAGUCAUAUGAACACAUCAAGACAAAAUACUGGGGGUAGUGAUACGUCUGAAAUUAUAAAGGCAAUGAAUACUCUUACUGAAGGUGUGUAUGGUAAUAGAGGGCUUAGUCAUCAGUCGAGCAUAGAUGCCUCACAAGAUAAAUUAUAUAGAGUGCAGUUGUUACAUAAAGUACGUGCAAACACUCCCGUCCAACUUGGAAUCACCCUGGAUGCCAUUGAAGUGGUGCCUCUCGUGACAAACAGACAUGCUUUUUGGGCUCGGCCAAAGUACUUUCUACACAGCAUAAAUUCAAUAGCAUGGUGUCAGAUAUUAGAAGCAAAAAGUAAUAGAACAAUAUUUAGAAUAGUCUACUCACCAAAUCAUGAUGCCACAUAUAAUGAAAGAAAUAAUGCAGCAAAUGUGAAUUCAUAUCCUACCACAAUAUAUAAGAAACACGAUUUUGAGACUGAACAUGACACUGCUAGGAAAAUUGUAGAAAAAGUAAACACAAUCCUCGAUCUACGAAAUAGUCCGUGUCGUCGAGAAUACAAAUUGGUAAAAGAGAAAAAACUGCAGACAAGACGAAGUUUUCAUACGAAGCAUCUGAGUUGA